AUGCUAGAAUCUUCGACAGUACAGAUGAGAUGUGAAACGAGAGUGAAUGCCACAAUCCACUCGCCCACCAACUCGCCCACCAACUCGCCCACCAACUCGCCCACCAACUCGCCCACCAACUCGCCCACCAACUCGCCCACCAACUCGCCCACCAACUCGCCCACCAACUCGCCCACCAACUCGCCCACCAACUCGCCCACCAACUCGCCCACCAACUCGCCCACCAACUCGCCCACCAACUCGCCCACCAAGUCGCCCACCAAGUCGCCCACCAAGUCGCCCACCAAGUCGCCCACCAAGUCGCCCACCAAGUCGCCCACCAAGUCGCCCACCAAGUCGCCCACCAAGUCGCCCACCAAGUCGCCCACCAAGUCGCCCACCAAGUCGCCCACCAAGUCGCCCACCAAGUCAAAAUCAAAUGACUGA